AUAGAGUGGUUCCCUGGUAAUGUUCUAGACUGGAGUGCUGAGUUGCCCAUAUCUCUUUCUUUUCAAAAGUCACAUAUGCAGAUCACUCCUAUAGUUAAAGAUGCGUUAUAAAGGUUUUCAUUCAUUCAUUUCAGACAGUAGUUUUGAAAGUAGUGCUCAAAAGUCCAAACGGGCUACUGAAAAUUGUGCAGAAUUGUGUGCAACAUCACCCAUUUUGUAUGAUACGUUACAUCCUCCAAAUUUAAAAAUAAUAAUUGCGACGAGCAAACCCGUAUCCGGGAGCGUAAUCAUAGCCUCAAGUGCAUUAGCAUAACGCAACUUUUCCUAUUCAUGAAAAUCGCAAAUGAAAUGAAAUAAAUAUAUUCAAACACAAGCUUAGCCUUUUGUUAACAACACUGUCAUCUCAGAUUUUCAAAAUAUGCGUUACAGCCAACGCUAGACAAGCAUUUGUGUAAGUUUAUCAUGGCAUAAUGCUAUGCUAGGCUCUGCUUGGCAGCAGGCAACAUUUUCACGAAAAUAAGAAAAGCAACCAAAUUAAAUAAUUUACCUUUAAAGAACUUCGGAUGCUUUCACUCAGGAGACUCCCAGUUAGAUAGCAAAUGUUCCUUUUUUCCAAAAAGAUUAUUUUUGUAGGCGAAAAAGCUCCCGUUUCUUCACCAUGCUUGGCUGAGAUGUCGAUCGAAAAAUGCUACAACUAUAACGCCAAACUUUUUUCAAAAUUAGCUACAUAAUAUCGACAGAAACACGGCAAAGUUGUUUAGGAUCCAUCCUCAAGGUGUUUUUAACAAAUAUAUUCGAUAAUAUAUCCGUCGAGGCAGUUGGUUUCUCACAAGAAGCGAUUGGAAAAAUGGUUACCUCAGUAUUUUACGCAAGGUUUUCUGCGGGAGACACCAUGUGACCACAUGCCAUAUAUGGUUCCUUACAGCAAUUAUUCAAGGCAAAUGCCUAAAAAGACGUCACAAGGCUGUAGACACCUUGGGGAAAACGUGGAAAACGUAAGCUCAUUCGUAGCUCAUUCACAGCCAUAUAAGAAGUCAUUGGCAUGAGGCGGUUUAAAUAAAUGCGUCACUUCCUGGUUGGAUUUUUAUCUGGGCUUCGCCUGUAACAUCAGUUCUGUGGCACUCACAGACAAUAUCUUUGCAGUUUUGGAAACGUCAGAGUGUCUUCUUUCCAAAUCGGUCGAGCAUCUUUUCGUGACAAAAUAUCUUGUUUAAAACGGGAACGUUUUUCAUCCAAAAUUAAAAUAGCGCCCCCUAAAUCCAAAUCCCAUUCAAUCUCUUUAAUACUCGUCUCCGAUUUUUUUGUCUAAUUUGUGCAGCAUGUACAGUAACACGUUUCUAGGUUUUGAAAUCAAUGCUUUCUGUCAUGUACCACGUUAUCUGGAACAUUAUUCAGUUAUUGUUGGAUAAAGAAAACUUCAUGUUAAGUAAAAUCAUGAGAUUUGUUUUAUGGAUUUGAUUCAUUCAACAGUUCAGGCUAAUAUGAGAAAAAAACCUGUCAACAAUUGGGCUCAGCAAUGUUUUCUGCAGGCUUUUUGAGGUCUUUGUCAUUGUCACUGAAAUUAAGGUGAGUUACUUCAUUAUUUUGCAUUUUUCCCUUUUGUAUUACAAAGUAAAAGCAAGUAUAUUAUUUCAUUGUUCACUCUUACAAUUGAAACAAAUUGACUAAGCAAUUUUAUAUUUUCAAAACUGUAGUUAAAUGUUUCCUGUCUACAAUUUGCAUUUACUGUAAUUUAUUACUUUCCUACUCUCAACAGAUAAAUACUCACUUAAACAUCAGAUGGAAUCUUAUUGAUGCUUCAGUGGUAAGUGCCUUUACAGUGCAUUUGGAAAGUAUUCAGACCCCUUGACUUUUUCCAUAUUUUGUUAUGUUACAGCCUUAUUCUAAAACGGAUUAAAUAUAUUUUCUACACACAACUCCCCAUAAUGAUAAAACAAAAACAGAUUUUUUUUUGUGCAAAUCUACCAAAUAAAACCCCCAGAAAUACCUUAUUUACAUAAGUAUUCAAACCCUUAGUUAUGAGAUUCAAAAUCUAUCUCAGGUUCAUCCUGUUUCCUUUGAUUGGACAUGAUUUGGAAAGGCACAUUCCUGUCUAUAUAAGGUCCCACAGUUGACAGUCAAUGUCAGAGCAAAAACAAAGCCAUGAGGUCGAAGGAAUUGACCAUAGAGCUCGAGACAGGAUUGUGUCAAGACACAGAUCUGGGGAAGGACACCAAAAAAUGUUUGCACCAUUGAAGGUCCCGAAGAACACAGUCGCCUCCAUCAUUCUUAAAUGGAAGAAGUUUGAAUCCACCAAGACUCUUCCUAGAGCUGGUCGCGCGGCUAAACUAAGCAAUCGGGGGGAGAAGUUGAUGCAAACAUUUCAAAAAACGUGUUUUCGCUUUGUCAUUAUAGGGUAAUGUGUGUAGAUUGAUGAGGGGAAAAAACGAUUUAACAAUUUUAGAAUAAGGCUAUAAGGUAACAUAAUGUGGAAAAAGUCAAGGGCUCUGAAUACUUUCCGAAUGUACUGUAUAUUGAGGAUUUGUAUUUAUUCUUCUAAUAGCACAGUUUACAUGAAUAUUAUAUUCUGACUAAUGUAACAAGUUAUUUUAAGACACAGUGGCCGUGAAAGGGGGUGUUGGGAUAUGCAAAAAACCAGCAGCGGGAUAUGAGAAUGAAAAACCCAGCAGCAUUGUAGUUCUUGACACAAACUGGUCUGCCUGGCACCUACUAACAUACCUCUUUCUAAGGCACUUAAAUCUUUUGUCUUGCCGAUUCACCCUCUGAAUGGCACACAUACACAAUCCAUGUCUCAAUUGUCUCAAGGCUUAAAAAUCUUUAUUUAACCUGUCUCCUCCCCUUCAUCUACACUGAUUGAAGUUGAUUUAACAAGUGACAUCAAUAAGGGAUCAUAGCUUUCACCUUGAUUCACCUGGUCAGUCUGUGUCAUGGAAAUAGCAAGUGUCCUUAAUGUUUUGUACACUAUAGGACAAAUAUAAGCACUCACCAAAUUAUUCUUAUUAUAUAGAAAGCAUUUUGUCCAGAUGUCUCCCCGGGUAAUAAAGGAAUUUGCAGAGGAUCUAGCUAGUUUCAGUUUAGUUUCAAGUUUCAUUAGUCGUAUGUAAAGAACACGUAGUAUACAAAGUCCAACAAAAUGCUUACUUGCAGGUUCCUUCUCAACAUUGCAAAACAAUAAGAAAUAAUAAAAGAUAAGAACAUAAAGUAAAUGGCAUUUGAGCAUACAUAUAUUACAUGAAGGCACAAUUUAUAGUCCAAUAUGUACACGUGUAUCAGGGAGGAUUGGGGGGCGGGGGCAAUCUCUGGUGGUCACACACUUAGUAAACACCUAUUGGGUUAUGUACCUUAAAGUGUGGUCCCCAGUCCUGGAAGGAAAAGUGACUGGAGACCAAUAUCUCCUCCAUCCUGUCUGGGCAAAUUCCAGGAAAGGUUCAUUGUGAAGAGCUUCUACCUACAGUAGUUGCUCUUCAGGAAUGCAAAAGCCAGUAUGCAUACUUGGCUAAACACAGCACAACAAAUGAGCUGGUCAGAGUCACACACACCUGGCUUACAGAGACAGACUUAAAGCAAACCACGGUGGUUCAGGUUCUGGUGGCGGACAUGUCACAAGCUUUUGAUCGUGUCGACCAUGCUCAACUCCUCCAGCAUCUGGCCAGUCUGGGUCUGUGUCCAAGGUUACUCACCUGGCCUCACAGCUACACAACAGGGAGAACACAGAGGGGGAUGGCACAUGGAAUGUACAGCUCACGGACAGAGGUAACAUCUGGGGUCCCACAGGGUGGGGUUGUCUCGUCUUACCUCUUUCUGCUCCACAUGUGCACUCGGAGAGUCAUCUUUGAUUUGUCCUGUUCUUUAAGGCUAGGAAACAUUGAAAAUGACACCUCAAUGGAAGAGGAGGUGAAGUAACUGGAUGAAUGGGUGGCAGACAACAACAUACUUCUGUCCAACUAAGAAUUUGUUUCUCUAGAAAUCCCCCCCAGCAGGCUCCAAUGAACCUGGGUAGACAGGCUGUUCCAGUUGGAACAAAAUACCUUGGCUUCCACUUGGACAACCAACUCAGUGGUAACCAACAUAUUGACCAGGCAGUGAAAAGGGCUUCAAAGCAUCUACCCUUCCUGACUGUGAUGGCAUGAAACAGUUUUCACACUGAGGACCUUGUGGAAAUCUACACCACACUGAUCCCACCAUGCCUUGAGUAUGUCAGUAUGUAGCUGGUGGGCUGCACAAAGAAGCAGCAAGCUGCACUGGACAGGGUACAGAAAAGGACAAGCAAGAUAAUAACAAAGAAUAGAGACAUCCCACUGACUCUUCACCCUGUUGCAGGAGAACUUUCCUGUAAUGCAGGAACUGUAAAACUUCUAGUGUAUUUGAGGUUUAAAAAGGCUUCUGAAGCUUGUAAUUCCCACUUUGAAAUUUCAGACUUGAUUUUCCCUUACGAAAAAUGUAUCAACCCCUACAAAUAUGUCCAUUAAUUAUAAUACACACAAUACUACACAUUUCCUGUUGCUUGCUGCAAGAUUAUUUUCCUGCUGUAGCAAACUGCCUCAAAUUAAGAUCCUACAUCUCUACAUAAUCUCCUACCACGGAGAAGGGUAGACAGUACUUGCAGAGUCCUCCGAAACCAGAACUAAUUGUCCAGCAUCAACGCAAGGACAAAUAGGCUGAAUAAUUCUGCUGUACAGUCUUGGUCUUCACUGUACGUUUGUAACUCAUCUGGCAAUUGACAGGCGGUUACAUAAAUAAGCAAUACAAUUACAAUAACAAUCUUGAAGGGUUGCUUAUGUAUAUGAAGGCAGCAGGGAGGUUAGAGGUUAGAGUUACAGCAGCUUGCUGAACCAUUGGUCUGGAGCGGGACUUCAAUCCAAUUCCAUAAAAUGCAGAGUUUUUCUGACCUGUCACAGUAUCCCAUUAAAACCCUCAUAACAUUUUAGUUGCCUGCCACAGUCCCAGACGUGUGUACUGCUCGAUCGCCAGCUUUCUCUAACAGGUGAGAACCUCUCACCUGUCUAUCCUGACUCUCUAUCUGCUCCCUGUUUUCAGCUUGGUUAAGCAUCACAGGAUUUCAGCAACUCCACUGGUUUUACUGUUCUGGAUCAGCACUCCUCCUUCGGUUUGGAAACCUUGCAAUCAGCUGCACACGUGAGAUCAGACCAGGUGUCUCUCUGUGUGCAAAAGCACUGUUUAAAUCGGUUUAGAUAAAGCUUUGAUGAUAAAGAAACUAGUGAUAAACCUUUAAUGUUGGGGGGGGGGUAUAGUCCUGUCAAAACACCCAUAUUAUAGAGCAUUGUUCAACGGUUGGGUCUAAUCCUGAAUGCUGAUUGGUUAAAAGCGCAAACACCGGCUUCUCGAGCAUUAUCACUUAUUUAACAACUUUGCUCGCUUGUCUUUUAGUCAUAAAAUUGUCAUAAAAUUAAUCUCACAAGAAAUAAGAAUGUGCAGGGUUAACAUGUUUAUCUUAUUUAAUACGUUUGUUUGAGUUCAAUAUAGUCUGGAAUGUAGUGUUAAAUAUAUCUAAUUGUGUAACUAACGAGACCGAAUCAGACGUGGCAAAUUCUGGCGAACAUCGCUGUUCAAUGAGGUGUAGCAAAUUCUGGUGAACAUCGCUGUUCAAUGAGGUGUAGCAAAUUCUGGCGAACAUCGCUGUUCAAUGAGGUGUAGCAAAUUCUGGCGAACAUCGCUGUUCAAUGAGGUGUAGCAAAUUCUGGCGAACAUCGCUGUUCAAUGAGGUGUAGCAAAUUCUGGCGAACAUCGCUGUUCAAUGAGGUGUAGCAAAUUCUGGCAAACAUCGCUGUUCAAUGAGGUGUAGCAAAUUCUGGCGAACAUCGCUGUUCAAUGAGGUGUAGCAAAUUCUGGCGAACAUCGCUGUUCAAUGAGGUGUAGCAAAUUCUGGCGAACAUCGCUGUUCAAUGAGGUGUAGCAAAUUCUGGGGAACAUCGCUGUUCAAUGAGGUGUAGCAAAUUCUGGCAAACAUCGCUGUUCAAUGAGGUGUAGCAAAUUCUGGCGAACAUCGCUGUUCAAUGAGGUGUAGCAAAUUCUUGGGAACAUUGUCAGCUACUUGAUAUUUUUAAACCAUACUCCUACAUGAGAAAUUCAUUCAGAAAGCUAUACUCACUCGCCAGUCUCCUUUGACGUCAGUGGACAUACAUUUAAUUUGAUUUGGUCAGUUGUCAUUUAUUUAUGUCAUGUGCAUCAUGCCAAAGUACAUUUGGUUUUGUUUACAAAUUUAACAAUUUAAUGAUUUUAUAAUUACUAGCAUUUCCAAUUUGAUUGUUGUUGGAUCUUCAAAGAUUAGUUUGAAAUCGUUUUAAUUUGGAAUGCGAAUAUGUCUUGGGUCGUCACAUACAUCACAGAUAAUUACCUCUGUCCUUCAAGACCACAUCCUCAGUCACUGGCAGAUGCUUACAAAUAUUGUAAAGUACAUGUAGCAUGUUUCAUCAUUUUGUCCAAUCAUUAUUUUUUAUUAUUAUUUUUUAUUAUUAUUAUUUUUCAUUAAUAUUCUGUAUGUUGGGGAUGAAGCUCCUUCAAAUCGUCGUCCUUGGCUGUCUCAGUGGUGUACUGUGCUACAGUACGGUUUGGAGGCACAUGAGAAAGUGUUAAGUUAUAAUUGACCUGCUGAUGACAACUGACAGUAUCAGAAGAGAAUCCCAAGAAGACAGCUGGCUCCUUCCUUGGACACAAUUUUGGAAAUGAGCUCCUUUCCCUGAACACAGCAAGGAAAUAACUAUCCUAACCCUCUUGCGUGAAACUAGCGUCAGUGUGCUGCUAACAGUGCUGCCCCUGUCCCCUUUCUGGGCUUGAACUACUGGUCCUCUGGUCGCAAACACACGUGACCGCCAAAACCAGUUGUGCUGUAGAAAAGGAUCCAAUUUGAUAGCACCAUUGGCGACAUUUCAAGCUAGCUGUGGAUUGAGUUUACGGCACAUUCUUAACUGUUACAUGAGGAAGCACAAUGUUACCUCUCAUUCAUCGAAGUCAAUUCUGUUUGGUAAAGUAUUGCUAUUGGUAUUCAAAUGCUAUUCAAAUGAAAAAAAAAGUUGUCAAGAGUGCUUAAAUAUUUGCAAGUUAGGGUUAGGGUUAGUGUUGAGUUUAUUACAUUGUUGUAUUGUCGUUCCUUUCCAAAGGGGUCUGAAGCAAACAAGAGGCCAAGAUGUCUGAGUAAGUUCCAAUAUGUUCUUAUGAUAUCAGUGACUAUAUUUGUCUGCCCUGUGUGAAUAAUAUGAACUUCACUACUAUAUUGGUGUUCAUCAAUGGAACAGCCUCCCAUUAGGGGCAAGUGGGGUAAGAUGGGAUAUUUUAUAUAUGCUCAAUGUGGGAAAAUAAAUAGAACAUUCACUCUAUGCUGUAUACUUCAUGAUCUUGGACAUCCAUGUAUACAGUAUCAAUAAAUUGCCUUUUUUUAAAUUAAUGGUUGGAAACUCAUCUUUACCUCUCCAGUGCCCCAUGUCCCAUUUAAAAAAAAUCAGAAAUGUAAACAUUUCUAGGAAAUUCUCACAUCAUUUGAUCAACUCUUUUAGGAAAAUAUUGGCAUUGAGUCACAAGCAUCAUCUGAAGAGCUUGAUGCUCCAGAUUGCUAAGGGCUUGCUAGAUGCAGAGGCCAUAGAGGCAGUGGAAGAUACUUUUUUUUACAUGGAUGAGAACUGCGCUGCAUUUGACAUGCCUGGGUCAUUGGCAGAACUGCAGGAACUGUGCAAGACAAUUCAUCACCAGAUUGAUAAAGUGGAUGAGGAGAGAUACGACCUGGCAGGCAAAGGAGGCAAGUGUGACAAAGAGAUUGAGGAUUUGAGGAUUAAAGUGAUUGAGUUCCAAGGCUUGUCUGCUGACUCCAUGCUCCAGGCACUGCUGGGCUCCAAGCACAAGGUGUCUAUGGAUUUCAGAGCCAACCUGAAAGAAGUGAAGAAGGAAGUCAAAGAGGAGGUAACCAUGGUUGACAGAGGAAGAACAAUGAUUCCAAGCACCAGCCUCCUUUUUAAGCUUCCAGUCUGUUAUUCGAACUCAAUCAGCACUCACACCUGUGUUAACGAGAGAAUCACUGACAUGAUGUCAGCUGGUCCUUUUGUUGCAGGGCUGCUGGGUUCAUUUGCAUGGACAAAGAUGCAGUUGGUGACUGGCGUAAGAACAUUGAUGACAAGGCAGGCAUGGAUGGCAGAAAGAAGACGUUUGAGGCCGCAUAAUAUCUGUGGCGCGACUCAGUCCCAUUUCACUUGCCUUUCUCUAUGUCCUAAUAAUAAGUCAGUUGUUGUCAGCCAUGGCUGCAUUUUGUAUUUAGAUGUUAGAUAUAUAAAGUAGUUCUGUGGUUAAGUCAGAUAUGGAUUUGUAUGACCAUGUUGUCGACUGAGAUCAUUUCCCUUUUCACAGCAACUUGAACAUAUUUUGAAGAAUACUUGCUGUAUGAAGAAAUGUACUUAAGUAUAUAUGACUGAAUAUUAAAUAAAUAU